CUUGUAGACGGAAAUAAAGACUCAGCGGUAGACCAAAUCAUGGAAAAUAGCAAUACAAGGGAAACGUUGGAACAAAAGGAAGAUGGAGAGGAACCACGCAAUGAAUACCAAAAUAAAGACACAAAAAGUACCGGUAAAGAUGGUGAAAGCAAAUCCAUAGUGAGCAAAUUGUUUGUUCACAGCCAGUGGCUAGCGGUCCAAAGCCCUUAUUUCAAGGCACUGUUUUAUUCAGGCAUGAAAGAAACUUACUCCAAGGAGGUAGUAAUGAAAAUUUAUGAAGAUGAUCUUCAGUCUCAUAUAACCUUAAUUGAAGCGAUGUACAAACUUGAUGUUCUCAAUGACAAAGACUACCGUCUUCUUGUCCAAGUUCUUGUCCUUGCAAACAAGUAUGAUGUUCGCCUUGUCAUCAAGAAGUGCAAGUAUGUUCUGUUGUCCACACCACCAAGCUUGGAAAUGUGUGAUUAUUGUCUCCGAGAAAUGGAACAUCUUUCCGACAUGGCUGAUAUAUAUGAUAUGCUCGAGAAGUUCCUUGUCAAGGAAUUUACACCGAUUGACGAAACGUGGACUAUGAAAAAGUUUACUGGACUUUCAAAAGCCGCGCUGAGGCUUCUUCUAGGAAGUGAUAGUUUGGGCAGUCGAUCUGAAAACACAGUAUUUGUUGCAUUGAUGAAAUGGGUUCGCUUGAAUGUGUUUUGGGUAAAACACGAUACAUGUGAUCUAUUGGAUCUUGUAAGAUUUGAGUUUAUGUCUGUGGAUUUCCUGUAUGAUGUAGUGCAAGAUCAUUUUGUGGCCAGAAGAAUGCCUGGAUAUGACAAAUUUCUCCUGAAAGGUUUAUCAUAUCAUGGAUUUUCACGGAAUAGGCGGGAACAACUCGAACCGAAGCCGAAGAAACGUCGUUUGGUUGAAGAUGCCGGUCCAACGUUUUCAUGGGUAAUUGAUGACAAACUCGUUCAAGAACUAACAAAAUUUCCAGGAGUUCCUGUUUCUUCAGAUAUAUUUUGGUAUCAUGGAUAUGCAAUGCGACUUCGGCUUGAUUAUGCGCAAGACUUGAGUAAAUGCAGCUUUUAUCUCGAGAUCAUUGGCUUGAAAGGCGAGGCAUGCGUGCAAGCCAGUUUUAAAGCUAAGUCGAUUUUAUUUUCAGUUGAGAUGGAAAAAACGUUGUAUACAGCUGGAGGAUCUAAUUGGGGAUACGGAGAUAUAGCAUGUAACAAGGCCAAAAUAGAACAAAGCUAUGCAAUUGACGUGCGGGUAAAAAUUGAUUAACCUUAUCUAUGCAUGCUAACUUUGGUGGAUGUUGUAUUAUUUUCAAUUUCCUGAAUAUAGCAAGACGGUGUUUUAGCGUAAUUUGGGGAUAUUGGUUCAGCUCCGAUUGUUUUAUUAUAAUAAUAUAUAGCUAUUACAGGUAUACUAAGUGUUUAUACAUGCGUAGACCUAAAGACAAAUGGCUUAUAUAUAUACAUACACAAAUUUUGCCAACAUUUCAAAAACUUUCAAAAGAUAUUGGUUUAACAUUGGGGGUCUUCCGAUUUUAUUAGCACUAAAAUGUAUCGCAAUAUUAAAUUUACAAGAGCUAAAUGGCUGUUCCCAUCUAUUACAUUUAAAUUAUGUUUGUGUCAAAAGUGGAAAUUUUUAUAGUACACGACUGGAGGUAAUAGGGGGAAAGUUAAAAUGUUGUUGAUGAACUGUCACACGGAAAAAUAAGUUACUUUACGUUUAAGUCCGUCCGAUCCUGGACUGUCUGUCCCGCCAUUAAAUUUUGUACUUUUGUGGCGAUGAUUAUUUCAUCGGCAAGAUUGACUUCAUACUUUUCACGCAUAGGGUCGCCACCAUUCUAUGUGAACGGGCUUUGUGAUUGGUUGAUCAUAAUAAUAAAAGACAAUCAACUAUUGACCGACUCGAAAACUAGCUACCACAAUUUCACAUGUACUACUUACAACAUGUAUUAUAUAUACAUUGGAUAUAUUUGUAUAUCCGACACAACACAGAUGCGAAUGUCGUAAAUGGCAUAUGAAACGUC